UUUCUGCUUCAUAAUACAUUCUAUGUAUUCUUAAGUUUGUUUGAUCUUUUACAUGACAGGGAGAUACAAAACGCUUUAAAAAAGAUAUUGCUACUAGACUCAACGAUAUUGCAUCAUGUUUGUCCACCUGUCCAAUGCCUGAGAAAUUAGUAACCCAUUUUUAAUAUUACUUUUAAAAGGGAAACGUGUUUGUCAUGUAUUGGUUAUUUAAUGUGCAAAACAAAUAAUGUAAGUGACCUAUGUACUCGUUUUUUCCCGUAAUAGUUCCACGAUAUUAUUGCUUUUUACAACGUACGAGGAAGAUACAUAGACAGCUAAAUGAAGAGGUCUUCGUAUGACGAGUUUCUCAGGCAGGGGUGGCGUAAGAAGCAGUUUCGAUUUCUUAGUCGGUUCUUUUUAAAACUUACAUUUGGAUUUGUAAUUUAAGCGAGUCAGAAUGCCAAAAGGAGGUAAAAAGGGAAGCCAUAAGGGACGCAUGAGGACCUACACUAGCCCCGAAGAGAUAGACGCUCAGAUGAAAGCUGAGAAAGAGAAACGGAAGGAUGAGGAAGAGGGAGCAACAGUAAGUGACAGCCAUGUGGAAGAAAAGCUCCCUGAGUCUGAUUCCGAAGACAGCGAAGACGAAGGCAGCCAGAAGAGAAGAGGUGUGGAGGGCUUGAUAGAAAUCGAGAACCCGAAUCGAGUAGUACAGAAAGUAAAGAAAGUGACUCAGCUGGAGCUUGAACAGCCCAAGCAACUAUCCCGAAGAGAACGAGAAGAAAUCGAGAAGCAGAAAGCGAAGGAGAGAUAUAUGAAAAUGCACUUAGCGGGGAAAACGGAGCAAGCCAAGGCCGACCUGGCCCGGCUCGCCAUCAUCCGGAAACAGCGAGAGGACGCAGCCAGGAAGAAAGAGGACGAGAGGAAAGCUAAAGAAGCAGUGACCGCAGCAGCAGCAGCAGCGAAAGGAUUGCAUACCUUGUCUCUCAAUAAAUGAUGGGAAGUCCAGUGACCCCAGGGAAGUGCACCCCUUCUGUUCAAGGACUGCUGCAGAAUCUUCUCUAACUGAUGGCCUGGCUGUUGAAGACAGACCGUCUGUGACAAGGACUUUAAAGUGUGCAAUAAUUUAUGGUCGCGUGAACACUGUAGAUAAGAAGAUUAUUCUAUGGAUAGAAUCAAUAUUUUAUUUGCAAAGAAGAUCAUGUCUGGAAAUCUCCAGUAUUUAGGUGCUGCGUGCUGGAGUGUGCUUAUCAGCCUUCUGCCAAAGUGAAACAAGGAGUCUAUUUUAUUUCAACCAAUUUUAAAUACUUUAAUUGCCAUAUAAAAUUAUUUCAUGAUUUAAACUUGUCUCUAAUAUUAGCCUUUGCACUUGAUGCCACAGAAGUUGGGAACAGCAUUUGUAUACACUCCUUACUAUGAUAUGAGGCUAAGCUGUAAUGUGGGGAAUUGUGUGCAUCAUCUGUUUUGUCAUUUCUUUCAUGUUUGACCGAUUUCAGCCUUAUCAGGCUUCCAUCUCAAAGAGCCUUGCAAAGACACUGGACCUGUACCUGAAUGUUCGCUCUUGAGAUGGGAAAAUUGAGCCUGGGUUUUCCGAGUUAAUUCUGAACUUUCCUUUUGAGCCUCUAAUCAAACUGUAACCUGUAAACAAAAUAUAUAAUAUAUAUCCCCAGAAGCUCCCCAGCAUUGUACAAGUCAUCUUGAAUCAGAUAUAUUCUAAAAGGGUUCCAGAAUAUUGUGGAAAAAAUGUUAAAUAAACUCCAGCAGAAAUCUA